CCAAAGUGCUGGGAUUACAGGCAUAAGCCACUUUGCCUGGCCCCCAGCCCCUAAUUUUUAUAUGUAUUUUGUAGAGCCAGUUUCUUACUUUGUUUGCUCGCUCGUCCGGGCUUGAAUGCAUUGGCGUGAUCAUGGCUUACUGCAGGCUUGAAUUCCUGGGCUCAAGCGAUCCUCUCACCUUAGCCUCCCAAAGUGCUGGGAUUACAGAUGUGAGCCAUCAUGCCUGGCCAAAGCUGUCUUUUGAGGGUGAUUUCAGGGACAGGCCCACUCAGUGCUUUAAAAAGACGUGUCUGUUUACCUGGAGUUAUCAACUCUGUUUGCCUGUUAGAGCCUCGAGGUUCUAGAGUCUGAGAAGUCAUACCUGGAACCUCAUCCACCCUUCUCAUUUUAGAGAUGGGAGACUGAGGCCCAGAGACUGCCCAGCAACACGCAGUGGGAUAUUUGACUUCUCAGGGUUACCAUCUUUCUCCAAUGCUGUGGGGAGCUGGGUGUUCCUUCUGGGAGGCGAGGAAAGCUAGAAAGUACUUGAUCAGCCUUUGAUUCUUGCUAAGAUGUGAGGAGUGCCCUCUUCUACCUACAGCAGGUCAUACUUUAAGCUGUUACCAGUCAUUUAAAGUCAGGCAUCUGGGUGGGGUGGCAGACAGGGCUCAGGCGGAGACAAGAGGACACAAGGACAUGAGUUUUGCUCUGGACUGACCCCAGUGCCUCAGCCAGAAGGCCACUUCAUGGAAACUUUACUGGAAGAAACUUCCCCAAACUGACUUUGCGGCACUUCCGGAGGCAGGGUUCCUCGCAGGCUGGGCUGUCACAGUCGACUUGCUCUCAAAGGCUUAUUUACUCCAGGGAGCGGAGCCUGGUGCCCCUGCCAGCGCUCCCGGGUGGCUGGGCUUCUGGGCUGCAGACGGGUGGGAUCCCUGCUAGACCCUUGGCCAAACCACUCCCAUCGUUGCUUCCUGCAGCCCAGGUUGCUGGGUUCUGCCUUCCCUCCCGACCUGACUCUGAAAACCUGGCUUCGCCUGGCUCCCCACCCUUUCUGCUCCUGGCUUGUCUCCUGGGCCCCAGGCAGUGGGCCCCGUCCUCACCUGCAGAACUUGUUCUUGCUGUAAGCCUAGGUGAGCCAAGCUCUCACUUCUGUAACCAAAUAUGUGUCCCGGAUUAGGGCUUUGUUCCUUUGGCUGUGGAAACCCUGGGAACUCCUGGCUGGAUAGCGCUGCUCUGUUUCCCUUACUCUAGCUCUCUCACUCUCUCUGUUUCUCUGGCUCUCUCAUUUCUUUGUCUUGUUCUCCACCUCUCUGUUUUGAGGGCACCACCUCCCUCUCAUUCUCUUUCUGUUUUCCACGACAAUAAAUAGGAAAUUAAGCCCACCAGUGAGCUGAGCAUCUACAGCAGUUCUGCGUCUUCCAGGCGUCAGCGCUGCCUCUUAGCGGAUGGCCACUUCACAGUACCCUCUCCUGAGAUGGACCAGGCUGCCCGCCACCAAUCCUCCUACCCUCCAAGCUGCUCAGGCCAGUUCUACCAUGAUUGACAGAACCUCAUUUCCAAAAGAAAACUAAGAAACCACUCACAUCUCCCUAUGCUGUGACCUCAUCUCACGGAUCCCCUCCACAGUCCCAUGAAGGAGGCUGGGCAGGUGUAACAGGGAUGCAAAGAAAAGAGACUCAGCCGAGGCCAGCAGCCACUGGAAGCAGAUCGAUGCCCUGACUCACGGCCCAGCCCUUUCCAUUGCACCCAGGAAUUGGCCAACCUGCCCUGGAGAGGCCUCCUGAUCCUGGUCCAGUACUUCUAGGUGACUUCUCCCGCCCCAGGAAGAGGCAUCUGGAUUCGUUGUGCCUUCAGGUUUCAUCCAGAAACCAUGAGGCACAUAGCCUAUAGUACAAGUCAAGCAAAACUUGACAACAAAACAAGACAAAGCACUUUUCAUCAAACAGUGAAGGCCAGCUCCACCUCCUGCCCCUGCAGGAGGGUGGCACGUCCUGGUAGGCCUGCAGCUGCCAGUCCUGGAGAUGUGAACUUCCACAGCCCCCGGAGUGGCCAGAGGUGCUGGGCUGCACGGACCCAGGUGGAGAAGCGGCUGGUGGUACUGGUGGCACUUCUGGCGGCAGGACUGGUGGCCUGCUUGGCAGCGCUGGGCAUCCAGUACCAGACAAGAUCCCCUUCUGUGUGCCUGAGCGAAGCUUGUGUCUCAGUGACCAGCUCCAUCUUGAGUUCCAUGGACCCCACGGUGGACCCCUGCCAUGACUUCUUCAGCUAUGCCUGUGGGGGCUGGAUCAAAGCCAACCCGGUCCCUGAUGGCCACUCACGCUGGGGGACCUUCAGCAACCUCUGGGAACACAACCAGGCGAUCAUCAAGCACCUCCUCGAAAACUCCACGGCCAGCGUGAGCGAGGCAGAGAGAAAGGCGCAAGUGUACUACCGUGCGUGCAUGAACGAGACCAGGAUCGAGGAGCUCAGGGCCAAACCUCUAAUGGAGUUGAUUGAGAGGCUCGGGGGCUGGAACAUCACAGGUCCCUGGGCCAAGGACAACUUCCAGGACACCCUGCAGGUGGUCACUGCCCACUACCGCACCUCACCCUUCUUCUCUGUCUACGUCAGUGCCGAUUCCAAGAACUCCAACAGCAACGUGAUCCAGGUGGACCAGUCUGGCCUGGGCUUGCCCUCGAGAGACUAUUACCUGAACAAAACUGAAAACGAGAAGGUGCUGACCGGAUAUCUGAACUACAUGGUCCAGCUGGGGAAGCUGCUGGGCGGCGGGGAUGAGGAGGCCAUCCGGCCCCAGAUGCAGCAGAUCUUGGACUUUGAGACGGCACUGGCCAACAUCACCAUCCCACAGGAGAAGCGCCGAGACGAGGAGCUCAUCUACCACAAAGUGACGGCGGCCGAGCUGCAGACCUUGGCACCCGCCAUCAACUGGUUACCUUUUCUCAACACCAUCUUCUACCCCGUGGAGAUCAACGAAUCCGAGCCAAUUGUGGUCUAUGACAAGGAAUACCUUGAGCAGGUCUCCACUCUCAUCAACAACACCGACAAAUGCCUGCUCAACAACUACAUGAUUUGGAACCUGGUACGGAAAACAAGCUCCUUCCUCGACCAGCGCUUUCAGGACGCCGAUGAGAAGUUCAUGGAAGUCAUGUAUGGGACCAAGAAGACCUGUCUUCCUCGCUGGAAGUUUUGCGUGAGUGACACAGAAAACAACCUGGGCUUUGCGUUGGGCCCCAUGUUCGUCAAAGCAACCUUCGCCGAGGACAGCAAGAGCAUAGCCACCGAGAUAAUCCUGGAGAUCAAGAAGGCGUUUGAGGAAAGUCUGAGCACCCUGAAGUGGAUGGACGAGGAAACCCGAAAAUCAGCCAAGGAAAAGGCCGAUGCCAUCUACAACAUGAUAGGAUACCCCAACUUCAUCAUGGACCCCAAGGAGCUGGACAAAGUGUUUAAUGACUACACUGCAGUUCCAGACCUCUACUUUGAGAACGCCAUGCGGUUUUUCAACUUCUCAUGGAGGGUCACUGCCGACCAGCUCAGGAAAGCCCCCAACAGAGAUCAGUGGAGCAUGACCCCGCCCAUGGUGAACGCCUACUACUCGCCCACCAAGAAUGAGAUUGUGUUUCCGGCCGGGAUCCUGCAGGCGCCAUUCUACACGCGUUCCUCACCCAAGGCCUUAAACUUUGGUGGCAUCGGUGUCGUCGUGGGCCAUGAACUGACUCAUGCUUUUGAUGAUCAAGGACGGGAGUAUGACAAGGAUGGGAACCUCCGACCGUGGUGGAAGAACUCGUCCGUGGAGGCCUUCAAGCGUCAGACCGAGUGCAUGGUUGAACAGUACAGCAACUACAGCGUGAACGGGGAGCCAGUGAACGGGCGGCACACCCUGGGGGAGAACAUCGCCGAUAACGGGGGCCUCAAGGCGGCCUAUCGGGCUUACCAGAACUGGGUGAAGAAGAACGGGGCUGAGCAGACGCUGCCCACCCUGGGCCUCACCAAUAACCAGCUCUUCUUCCUGGGCUUUGCACAGGUCUGGUGCUCCGUCCGCACACCUGAGAGCUCCCACGAAGGCCUCAUCACCGACCCCCACAGCCCCUCUCGCUUCCGGGUCAUCGGCUCCCUCUCCAAUUCCAAGGAGUUCUCAGAACACUUCCACUGCUCACCUGGCUCACCCAUGAACCCGCCUCACAAAUGCGAAGUCUGGUAAGGACGAAGCAGAGAGAGCCAAGACGGAGGAGGGGAAGGGGCUGACGACGAGCGCCCCCCGUCCAGCCUCCAGGGCAUUGCUCAGCCCGCUUGGCCACCCGGGGCCCUGCUUCCCCACACUGGAGGGUUUUCAGCUGGAACCGAGCCCAUGGUGUCGGCUCUCAACAAAACCCACCAUCUGACCCCUUGUGAAGAGCCGGACAUCCAGGCACACACGUGCGCCACCUUCAGCGGGCAUUCGGGUGUCGGGUGGGUGGCUCAUCAGGCCUGGGCCCCAUGCUGACAAGCACCAGAUACGCCACAAAUACCACUGUGUCAAAUGCUUUCAAGAUAUAUUUUUGGGGAAACUAUUUUUUAAACAUCGUGGAAUACACUGGAAAUCUUCAGGGAAAAACGCAUUUAAACACUUUUUUUUUAAGGAAAGAAUUGGUAUAUUUAUUAUGUUCUGUUUUUCUAAAUAACCUGUGGACAAGGGAAGCCCCACUGAUUCACUCCCUGUGGGGCUGGGCCGAGGCAGGGAUCCCUGGGCCACAGAGCAAGUCUCCAAAUCAGACAGCUGCCUCGGCUCCCGGGAUGUGUAAUUUCAGCUCCUGUCACCUCGUGCAGAGGCGUGGAGACCAGUAGAGGUGUGGAGGCCAGGCAGAGGGAGGAGCCGGCUCUGGGAGGUCCCAGCUCAUGGUCACUGCCCCUUCAACUAGCCUGCCUCUGUCCCCUGAGUCCAACAGUGGAAGCCCUAGCAGGGAAGUUCUGAUCCCCAAAGCCACAGCAGGGGACUGAUGGCUAUGGCAGAAUGAGGCCAGGUCAGGACCCUCAAACAUCAUCUAGGGGUACCAAGUACGCUGAAGCCAGACUGCCGGAGCCCUGCAGGGUGAGACUCUAUCAGAGAUACACUGCUGGCCACAGGUGUCCCCUCUCGGUCCCACUUUUUCAGGCUGUCCCAUGUCUAUCUCAGGGGCCCAUUACCUCUCUGCAGCAGUCCUCCAUCCCAGCCACACCAGGGUCUGUCUGGCCAACCUCUUCCCCAGGGAAAGGAGAAAAGAGAAAAUAGGCCGGGUAUGGUGGCUCACUCCUGUAAUCCCAGCACUUUGGGAGGUCGAGGUGGGCGGAUCACCUGAGGUCAGGAGUUCGAGACCAGCCUGGCCAAUGUGGUGAAACCCCAUCUCUACUAAAAAAAAAAUACAAAAAUAAGCUGGGUGUGGUGACGGGCACCUGUAAUCCCAGUUACUCGGGAGGCUGAGGCAAGAGAAUCGCUGGAACUCAGGAGGCAGAGGUUGCAGUGAGCUGAGAUUGUGCCACUGCACUCCAGCCUGGGUGACAGAGGGAGACUCUGUC